AUGCAAACACGAUGUCAGUUGGCAGUCCUAGAAGGCGGUCCUGUGGCCAAGGAACGCCUUGAGCGCUCCGAGGCAGACCUGGCCUCGGUGAACGCCGCCGCGGACGACGAGCGCCGGACAAGCGCCGCCCUAUCGCGCCAGCUGGACGCGCUGCGCCUGGUGCUAGUAGACAGGGCGGCUGACGAUGAGGCGCGCGGCAAGGCUGCAGAUGCGCGCGAGCGCGAGCUCUCUGGCCAGCUGGCAGAGGCGCGGGCGCUCGCAGCCGACCAGGCUGCUCGGGCUGCGUCCGCAGAGGGGCGCCUGGCGCAGCUCGCCGCGCGCCUGGAGGCUGCGAGGCGCGAGCUUUCGGUCCUGACGGGUGGCAGCGGCGUCAUUGCCGCUGCGCUCACAGGGGCCGGCUGCUGCGGGGACGUCCGCACGGCCCCGGAUGCGGCCGGCAGCGACGUUGGCGAUGGCCGGCAGGCGGUUGCGGCCGCUCGCGAGCUUGUGCUUGGGAUCCGCCGCGCUGAGCUGGCAGCGGAGGAGCGGGCCGAGGCUUUCGCAGCGAUCCUCGUUGAGAGGGAGGAGGAGCUCUCGUACUAUCGGCGCCACUGCGUUGCCCUGGAGGCGCAGGCCGUUUGUCAGCGGCGCCUCACGGGCGCUGCUGCCUCCACUGCUGUCGGCGACUCCGCCGGAUGUGGUGCAGACGAAGGUGGCGUUGCCUCUGGCAGCAGCAGCAGCAAAGUGUUGGGGAUGCUGCUGGGGGGAUCCAGCAAAGAUAAUUCCGAGCAGAUUCUGCAGCUCAAGGAGGAACUGCGGGACAAAGAUCGGUGGCUGAAGCAGGCCGCAGGCGCCAUCAGCAGGGGAGAAGCAGAGAUACAUGGGCUGAUGGUGGUGCAGGCAGCCAAGACCGCCCAUGCCAACAAGCUCGAGGCCGACUAUUGCCAGCUGGAGGCACGGGCCCGCGAGGCCGAGGCGGAGGUGCAACGGCUGGCAGGUUUCCUCACAGGCGCCGCGUCGGAGGCAGCGGCGGCCAGGGCCGAGGCUGAGGUGGCAGCCAAGCGGGAGGCGACGGCGAUAGGGGAGGUGGCGGCGGCUCGCCUGCAGGUGGCCGCCCUGCUCGAAGGCCUCAUGCAUGACCUCAAAAAGGCCACAAGAGCCGACCCACGCGGCUACGCGCAGUUGCGCGCCGAGGCAGCACAGCUGAUGCAGCAGCUGCCUUCCGACGAGCAGCGGCGCCGCUACGCUGUCCUGUACCAAGACAUCGUCUUGGAAGCUGUCCUGCAGCUGCAGGCUGAACGGCAGCUGCGGCACCAGCGGGGGGACGCGGCUGCGGCUGCCGCGGCUGCGGCAGCCCCGGAGGCAGCGGAACAGCAGCAGGUGGCCGGCAGCCACAUCCGUCAUGGCAGUGGACGCAGUCCCCAGCACCAGCAGCAGCACAGCGGCGGUGGCUGGAUGACGGGCGGCGGGUGGCUGCUCCAGGCUGCGGGGCUGCGGCGGCGGGGCGGGUGCAGCAGCUGCGGGGCUGCUGAGUGCUGCGGCGGUCCUGGCCAGGGAGCUGGGGUGACGGCAGCGGUCAACAGCUCCAACACGCCGAGAGUGAGGCCGCGAUCCGGCUGA